UUUUAGAGUUGUGUGAUUAUAUUAUAAAAUAUUGUUAAUGUUUAAAAUAUACAGAGUUUGAAGCUUUGUGCUGAUGGAGGAAUGUGAAUAACAUGGAAAAUAUGGAUAAUGUAGAAAGCAAUGUAGAAUUCUUGGAUGACGAAAAUACCUGCAGUAUUUGUUUUGCCGAGUUUCUAGACACAAGUGACCUCAGUCAACAUAUCAUUCAAAUUCAUCUUAAUGAAGCUACUCUAAACAGGUACUGUUGUGUUUGCCGUAAUUUCUUCAAGGACGUCGAAGAAUUUGCACUACAUCUAAGAACGUAUCAUAUAAAAAGCUUACGUUGGUGUAAAUAUUGUACUAGAGUGUUUUUCAACAAGGAAGACUUGAGGAGACAUGAAAAGAAGCAUGGCGAAUGGAAAUACAAAUCAUGCUCGCAUUGCGACAAAACCUUCCUAUUUAAAGACAUCCUGGCUGCCCAUGAGUACAAAAACCACCGCAUUUACAGAGACCCUAGCGAAGGUAUAAUGUUACAGGAAUGUUUUCCCAUCCUUUCUUCAUUAUUACAUAUGAAUAUAAAAAAGUUUUUUACGGUUGAAUACACACACGAAUCAUAUAAAUGUGUAAGCUGCGGCCUUACUACCUCCGAUAUUGAUAAGUUCCUGCAGCAUGUAGAAGCUAAGAGUAAAAGGCCAUUCGCAUGUGAUAAAUGUUGUCAACUAUUCUGCCAUAAAUAUCGACUUAACAAUCAUUUGAAUGGAAAAUGUAAUAAAAGCAUAGAAUGGAGUGAAUGUGGAAUCUGCGAGAAGAGAAUUGAAAGCGGAACAUCUGAGAACCACGCUAAGCAAUGCCAUAAAAAAGCAUUUAAAAAAGAGACUACGCCUAAAAGUAUACCAAUUAUAAAUUGCAAGCUUUGUAAGAAAAUGUUUGUUGGUAAUGUAGCUCUAAACAAACAUAUUGAUCGGACUCAUAAACCAAACUUUCACUUAUACAAAUACAAGUGUGUCUCAUGUGAUAUUCCGUUCUACCAUCCCAAAUAUCUUUUUGCGCAUUAUUAUACAUAUCAUAGAGACUUGCAGCCGUAUACUUGCAAAAUUUGUGACAAAAAAUACAGAGUACGUAAGUCAUUUACUCUCCACAUCAAACUAGACCACAAAAGUGUCGGUUUCGUUGAGUUUGAUAAGGAUUACCAAGUAUUUUUCACUGACAAAAAAUCUGAGAAUCCAUUUCAGCCGUAUAAUAUACUAUCUGAAUAUUUGGAAGAAAAUCAAAUUGUCGAUAUCAAAGGCACAGAAAAUUCAAAAAUUUACUCAACAGUUGAAAACUCUGAUUUUAUAAAUGUUACAGAAACAGAGUGUGAAACUGACGUUGAUAGAAGGGAGAAAACUCAGUCAAAACCUGCACAAAAUUUGGAUGACGAAACAGAAUGUGAGACUGAUAUUGACAAUAGUGAUAAAAUUCCAUCUCUUUCUCUUGACAUAGAAACAGAAUGUGAAACUGAUGUGGAGGGAAAUAAAACUAAUCCAGCUGUGACACCUCAAACAUAUAUAGAAAUAGAACUAGACUGUGAAAGUAAUGCUUAUAAAAGUAAUACAAAAGCUAUUUCAAAACGAAGAAGGUCUAUUAAGGAGGAAUCUGAAACUGAUGUAGAUAAAACAACCAAAAAAGGUAAAUCCAAGAAGAGGUCUAGAGCAUUGAAAGCGAGAAAUAAAAGGAAGCAAAAUUAUAACACUGAAGUGUCGUCGAAUGACUCAGAUGUUCCAUUGAUUGAAAUGACCAAAAGGGAUGUGCACUUACUUGUUAAAAGAAGGGGAAAAAAAAAAUUUGUGUGUAUAAAAUGCAACAAAAACUGUUAUACUUAUCAGAACUACAACCAUCACAUGUCUUUGCAUGUGGGAUUCAAAUUGAAAAAAUGUAUAAAGUGUCAGAAAACAUUUAAAUCCAGAAUGGCACUCGAUGAGCACAUGAAGAAAAAACAUACGAGCUCAAAAUUAACUGAAACAUUAAAACAAGUUCUGGAACGACGUAAAAACGCAGUACAAGGCACACCCAAUCCUGUGGCACUCCGCGAAAACUUCAGAAAAACUAUUCAUAAAGUCGACAUACCAGAAGAUGAUAGUGCACCGGCCGUGUUGACAUUGAUCGAAGAUGAUUUAUCAGCUAAAUCUUUUAUUGAAAGUUUUAUGCCGGAAGAUAGCUCUAAAGAAAUCAAAGUCACCAACAGCAUUACAAUAAAGGAAACAAGAGGAGGAUACAGAUCUCCACUAAUUAAAAUGACUAGAUUUAAACCAGAAUCACCUAUCAAGUCUACUAAGUUGCAGAUGCCUGUCAAAUUCAAACCUGAAAAUGUAUCUCACGUGAAAGCAACCAUUAAGGUUGUACAUAAACCUGUGCAUAAGCCGGAAAUGGCUUUAAGCCAAUUUUCAGUAGAAAAUAAUGACACAUAUUAUAAUGCUUACGAUAGUGAUAAUGUGUUGGUAGAUGAGAGGGACGAAAUACCAGAAGUAGCAGAGGAGAUCAUGUUGAAUACCGAAGAAAAAGAUGAUGUUAAAGAAAACAAGAAUAUUAUAGAUGCACAAAAUAGCAUAGUCAUUCCCAAUUUUCAUAAUUAUGGGGAUAUUAAAAUUGCUCACUUACAAUCGGAGGCGCCAUUCUACAAGAUUAUAAGUAUGAAGGAUAUAAUGAAGUCAGCACCCAAUAAACCUCCUCAAGGCCAACCUCCAGAGGAGUCCUCGGAACCUGUUACUUUACCGGGGGGUAUAAAAUUGGUAUCAGUGAAUCCAUUGGCCCAUCUUCUCGGAACUAAAGACGUAGAGAAAUUAUUUAAACCAAACAAGCACUAUGUGCCAAAAGUUAAUGACAUAAAGUCGGCUAUGGAAAAAGCAAUGAAUAAUGUGUACAAACCAAAAAGACGGCAGAAAAUCAGUUAAGAGAUAAGAAUAUUAUGUAGUUGUUUUAAAUUCUUACUUUUCAUAAUUCAUAAUCUUUACUUGCUUGGCUAAGUAUGGCUAUUUGUAUUAACAUGAAAAUAAAAUAUUCUGUAAUAUUGAAGUUCUAUACAUAUUCACAUUAAAGACAAAAGCUGAGUUGCAUAAAUCAAAGAUUAUCAACCCGGUUCAGUGUCACAUAUUGAACUCCGAUUGCCUUACGCCAGUAACAAGCCCAGAAAUAUGUGUUACUGUAAAAGUUCAUAGAUAUUAAGCCUAUUAAUAAAAGUAAAAAAUAUUACGCGUCUUUUCACGUCAUCACAUCCUUU